UUCCCAGAGCUCACUGUCACAGUGUGCAGAGAGGACUCAACAGCAGGGAGGGCUGGAUUGGAGAGGGUUUUGAUAAUAAGGUGGUCAUCAUUAGUAGAAUAAAAACACAAUCACACACAUAUACAUACAUAUAUACACUGUAAGUAUGGCUGCUGCUUAUCGUCUGGUCAUCGUGCGCCACGGUGAAAGCUCGUGGAACCAGGAGAACCGAUUCUGCGGCUGGUUCGACGCCGACCUCAGCGAGAAGGGCGUGGAGGAGGCCAAGCGAGGCGCUCAAGCCGUGAAGGAUGCAGGCCUCAAGUUCGACGUGUGCUACACCUCCGUGCUGAAGCGUGCCAUCAAGACCCUGUGGACCAUCAUGGAGGGUACGGACCAGAUGUGGCUGCCCGUGAUACGCACCUGGCGCCUGAACGAGCGCCACUACGGUGGCCUGACGGGUCUAAACAAGGCGGAGACGGCGGCCAAGCACGGCGAGGAGCAGGUGAAAAUCUGGAGACGGUCCUUUGAUAUCCCACCUCCCCCCAUGGACAAAGAUCAUGCCUACCACAAGAUCAUCAGUGAGUCAAGACGCUACAAGGGUCUGAAGGAAGGUGAGUUGCCCACCUGUGAGAGUCUGAAGGACACCAUCGGUCGUGCCCUGCCUUUCUGGAAUGACGUCAUCGUUCCCGAGAUCAAGGCCGGCAAGAACGUCCUCAUCGCUGCACACGGCAACAGUCUGCGUGGAAUCGUCAAGCACUUGGAGGGUAUGACAGAUGCAGCUAUCAUGGAGCUCAACCUGCCCACUGGCAUUCCCAUCGUCUACGAGCUGGACAAGGACCUGAAGCCUAUAAAGCCCAUGCAGUUCCUCGGGGAUGAGGAGACGGUGCGCAAGGCCAUGGAGGCCGUGGCUGCCCAGGGCAAGGUGAAGAAGUGAAAACAGAGAAAAUAAGAGACUGAAACCAGUGAAAUCAGUGAAAUUCCCCACGUUUUUCCUCCCAUUGAUCCUCAUCAUCAGCUCCCCUGAAGUUCAUUCCACCACAGGCCUGCCAUCGUCUCCCAUCACAGUUCCAGAUUGUUCUAUUGGCAUAAGGAAAUGCAUGGCUAGUCAUUUUUUCUAGUAUA